CUGCCACCGCCACCGCCGAGCCCGGGGCCGCCGCCGCCGCCGCCGCCGCCGCCGCACCCCUCUCUACCUGCCAACAUCCUGUGUUAGAAGAGCUUGUGGCCGGAAGUGUGACCUUGGGAGAACUGGCCAGGGAAGGACCUUGCCCAGUGGCUGCUCUGCUCCUGUCUCUUGUCCCCUCCCCUGGCCAUGACAGAGACCCGCGAGCCCGCUGAGACUGGAGGCUACGCCAGCUUGGAGGAAGAUGAUGAAGACCUCUCCCCAGAGCCCGACUCUGAGGAGGAAGAGGAGGAGGAGGAGGAGGAGGAGACCACUGACGACCCCGAAUAUGACCCUGGCUAUAAGGUGAAACAGCGCAUCGGAGGGGGCAGAGGGGGGCCGUCUCGCCGCGCCCCCCGAGCGGCUCAGCCUGCUGGCCCGCCUGCACAGCCCUGCCAGCUCUGCGGCCGGUCCCCGCUGGCGGAGGCCACACCCGGGACCCCGCCUUGCCGACUCUGCUGCCCUGCCACAGCCACCCAGGAAGCGCCAGCCCCUGAAGGCAGGGCUCUGGGCGAGGAAGAGGAGGAGCCGUGUCGCACUGGGGAGAGCCGGCCAGCAGGGCGGGAUGGCGAUGAGGACGAGGAGGAGGGGGGUACCUACCACUGCACGGAGUGUGAGGACUCCUUUGACAACCUCGGGGAGCUGCAUGGCCACUUCAUGCUGCAUGCCCGCGGUGAGGUUUAGGCGGGGCCACCAGGGGCCCCGUGGAGGGGUGGGAGCAAGGGCUGAGGAAGCUGGGGUUGGGGCUGGGGGUCCCGCAAGUGCGUGUCGUCUUAGCGGUAGAUGUGUGAAGGGCGGAAUAAAGCCGGAUUCUGUGUGUGUUGUGAUGCAUGUGUGUGACUGAACACGGUGAGUGCGGUCUACACCAGCGUCUCUCUGCUUCGGGCUCCUGAGUCUGGGUGACUGGCAGGCACCACUGUGACUGAUUCUGUGUGGUGCUAGGGACUGGACCCCGGGCUUUGAGCGUGUUAGCAAGGUACAUCCCAACCCUUUUUGUUUGGCGUCGUUUUCCUUUGAGCCAGGGCUCUGCUGGCUUUGAACUUGGGUUUCUUGCCUUUGCGUAGGUGCUGGAAUCACAGGCACAAAGCCACCACACUUAGGAGUCCUGGGAUUCAGGCCACCCCGAAGCUUGAAACCACCCCUAUGAGCCAUGCUGGGUGUCCUGCCUGGCUUACUGGUAGAGGACAGAGAGUCUGCCUGCCAGCAGCUCGGGGCCGCUCUCCCCACAGCGCCCCUGCUGGGAAGCCAUUUGCAUGGCUACGGCCAGCUGCAAAGAAGCCUAGGAAAGGCUAGCUGCCCAAGCCGCUCUGCUCAGAGCAGGACGGGUUUCGCAGGGUCCAUAAAGGCCAUGAGUGGUCUACCAAGGCAUCCCUGAUCCUCCUACAAAGAGGACUACCGCGAUAGCGAGCUCUCCCUGCGUGCAUCACUUGGCCACGGGCUUUAUCUAUUUGAAGUCAGAGUUCAGGAAUUCACACUAAAGUAGAACUGUGAUGUGAUCCCAGCAACCCUGUCCUGCCCUUGUGCAUGACCACAAAUAGGUGUGUGUGUGUGUGUGUGUGUGUGUGUGUGUGUGUGUGUGUGUGUGUGUGUGUGUGUGUGUGUGUUGCCCAAGAAGGCCAGAAGAGGGCGUCAGAUUCCCUGGAAUACAGGCUGUUGUAAGCUAGCUAGCCAUAGAGCUGACGUGGGCCCUGUGGGGUUGACACUGGAGAUACAGGAAGAAAACGGCAUCGUAUGUUAGGUGGGGUAAAUGCCGUAGAGUGAAAACGAGAAGGAUAAACUGUUGUAGGAGGGGAUCUUAGACAUAAAAGAAAGCAUGUAAUUGGGGGCUGGCCUGCUGCUGAGAGGGUUAAUCAUUACCAUGGCGGGCGGGUGGGCGGGGUGCUGCAGGUCGGUGCAGAAGUCACAGACAGACACUGGGCUUGACGUCCCCCCACAGACAGACAGACAGACACACUUCCUCCAAGAAGGCCACACCUUCUACUCUUUUCAAACAGUUGCCGCUCCCUGGUGACUGAGCAUUCAAAUACAUGAACCUGUGGGCCCCAUUUAAAGAGCACAAAGAACUGUGGUUUUAGUCUAAUUCUGCCCGGGAGGGAAACGGGAGGGAGGCAGCUGUGCGUGGAGUGAACUGUUUAUUCUCUAGGCUGGACAAGGCAGGCGCCCGCCUGGGAUGAUUAGGAAGGCCAGAGUGGCGGCUGGGGACUGAGGUUCCCAAGGUUGAGGACAGCAGAGGGCCCACUCGUCACACACAACCUUCUGAAAACUGGGUGUCACCAUGCCGUGCAGGUGAUUCCAGCUCAGAACAGGCUGUUGAGAGAGUUCAAGGCUAGCCUGGGCUUACAGAGUAAUGUCCCUGUCUCAAAAAAACAGUACACAGACACUAAGAAAGAAGUGAGGCCUUAGUCCCAGCACUUGGGAGGCAGAGACAGGAGGAUCUCUGUGAGUUCGAGGCCAGCCUGGUCUACAAGAGCAAGUUCCAGGACAGCCUCCAAAACAAUACAGAGAAACCCUGUCUCAAAAAACAAACAAAAAGUAGAAGGCUGAAUAUGCUGAUAGCUCCCAUUUCCCAAGGGUUUACUGCUGCCAACCCCUACUCUGAAGCACUUUACACACGCGUUAGCUCCUAGAAGCUAGGAGCCUCUCGGAAUAAAUAGGACCCGAAUGACAGAAUGGCAUUGGGAAGACCGAGCUCUCAGUGAACCAUGUGGAGAUCGCGCCUGGGUGAACAGAGGCCCUGGGUUUUUUGUUGUUUUGAGACUAGGUUUAUGUGUCAGGCUCGCCUCAAACAGCUCUGUUUUCCUGCUUUGUCUCCUGGUUUGUGAGGUUCUGGGGGUGGGGGGGCUCAGGGGAGCUGCACAAGCACUGCCAAGACCUGCCUGAGCCCCUGAGGGUUAUGUCCUGAUGGGGACUGGAAGCUUGUUUGAGACAGACCGUGAAAAUGGAGGCAGGCAUGAUGACACAUUCCUGUAAUCCCAGCAUUUCUGGAGGGAAGUAGGAGUUCAAGGCCAGCCUGGGCUGCAGAAUCAGACUGAAGGUGAGUACUUCAGCGACAGAUAAACUGUGGCCAGGGUCGCCUGAGGGAGAGCUGUGGGAGUCUGAGGUAGGGCCCCGCUUGAGACACUUGAGGGGGAGCGGAGGACUCCAGGAGACCCGGUGACAGCAGGGGCCAGGCAGCUUUCGCUACCAGGAAUUGAACCCAGGAUCCCCGUGCAUAAUAGGUAAGUGUUCAACCACUGAGCUGCACCCUCAGUUCCCACGGGGCUGGUUUCUACAGACAUUUGUUUUACUUCUGUUCAGAGACAGGGUCUCAUGGCCCAUGCUGUCCUGGAACACAACACCUCCCUAACCCCACGGAGUGCUGAGAUCACAGGUGUGAGCCCCACCCCCAGCCCACCUAUGCAGUGCCGGGGACUGCUCGCCCAUGCUAGACAGUCGCUCCGGACUGAGCUACUCCAGCCCUUUACAACGGGGACAGCCUGAGCAGGUGGGAAGUGUCCGUGGCCAUUAAGAAGCAGAGCCUGCAUUUUCUGACCGCUGAAUCAGAAGCCAUGCCUCACAGGCUGGGUCUGGUCUGCCAGAGCCACGGCCCUUCUCCACACCAGCUCCGCCAAAGGCGAGCAAUGUCGCAAAGGCAGGGCUUUCUGGCAGCUGUGGAAAAUGGAGAUCUCGUUGGGCGUGGUGGCACAGACCUCUGACCCUGGCACUCGGGAGUCGGGCAGGAGGAUCUCUGUGAGUUGAGGCCAGCCUGGUCUACAUAACGAGUUCCAGAACAGCCAGGGCCACAGAGAGAGAAGUAUAGACCUAGACUGUCGAACCCACAGUCUUCAUGGUCAGUGGUUCACCAUGUAGAGGUCACCUCCCGGGGAGGGGCCCUUCUGUUGGUCCUCACCUGGAGGCCUCAGCGGGGAGCUUUGCAUUGUAAAUGUAGGAGACUGCAGGCUGGGGCUGACAGGAGCCAGGCUCCUUCACUGGGAGUCUGCCAUCAGAGGGCAACUGCCUUUAACUCUGGUUCAGGGAAGCUAUGCCAUCUUCUGGCCUCACUUGUCCACACACAUGGUUUAAAAUCUUUGAAAAGGCUCUGUGUGUGUGUGUGUGUGUGUGUGUGUGUAUACAUCUUGUUUUCUCUCCCACUGUGUUCCCGGGUGAGACUCCAAUCAUCAGGCCUGUCAACCACCGUACCUGAAAGUUCACAGACCAAAGUGUCCUUUGCAGUUUAUUUAAAUUUCUUUACUUUUUAA